UGCUGGAGAGACGAGAGUCAAUAUGGGUAACAGCAGCGGUAAACAGUGGGUUCUCCUGGCGGCGGGUUCUAAAGACUGGAAGUACUACAGACACCAGGCCAACGUGUGUCAUGCUUACCAGGUCGCACAUCGUAAUGGGAUUCCAGACGAACAGAUUGUGGUGAUGAUGUAUGAUGAUAUUGCUUAUAAUGAAGAAAAUCCCUUUCCUGGAAGAAUAAUCAAUGUACCUGAUGGGCCGAAUGUUUACUGUGGAGUUCCAAAGGACUACACUAAAAAGGAAGUAUCAGCUAAAAACUUUCUUGCUGUACUGCGUGGAGAUUCAGCUGCGGUCAGGAAAAUAGGAACAGAAAAAGUCAUACAAAGUGGAGGAAAUGAUUCUAUCUUUAUCUACUUAACUGACCAUGGCGGAUGUGGGAUCUUCCAUUUUCCUCAUACCACUCUUUAUGCACAUGACCUCAUUGAGACAGUGAAUGCGAUGUCCAGCAAUGGCAAAUUUGCAAAGAUGGUGAUUUAUUUGGAAGCGUGUCAUUCUGGAUCCAUGCUGGAGGAGCUUCAGAACAAUGGCAACGUGUACGCAGUUGCUUCGUGCGAGCCCUCUGAAAAGACCUAUGCUUUGUUCUGGGACAGUAAAAGAAAAACCUUUCUUUCGGACGUCUUCACAGCUCACUGGCUAUACCACACUAAAACUGUAAAACUCAACAUGACUUCAUUUGGAGAACAGUUUUCCUAUCUGAAAAAGAAAGUCAGUGAGGCUGUGAGGAAAAUGACAGGAAUGACUGAGACACCAUGUAACUAUGGAGACAUGCAUAUGCUUCAGUUAAUGUUGAGUGAGAUGCUUGGACAAUCUCCUGCUUCUAGAGAUGGCUACACACCCCAGCCCUUAAACUUCUCAGUGUCUGAUGUGGUAGACAGUACAGAGGUUCCACUGAUAAUCCAAAAGAACAGGAUUAAAAAUGAACAGGACAGAAGAAAAAGGGAAGCCUUCAAAAGACAAUAUCUUGAACUUGUAAGGAAGAGGAAGACAAUGGAUUUAGCAGUAAAGAAGAUUGCUGAGCGCACAAGAAUUUCUCGAGCUUUGACAGAAAAACAUGAGGUGACUCGCAUGUACGAACUCAAAGUCGUGGCUGAGCAUUUCAGGACAACUCUCUUUAACUGGGAUGAAGAUCCGUUUGUCGUCACUCAUUCACACCUGCAAGUUUUAGUGAAUCUGUGUGAGUCUGGGAUGAACAUUGAGAGAAUCAAAGCAGCCAUUACCUGGGCAAACCAUGAUGAGGAGAUUACGUUCUGAGGAAAAUGUACACAUUCCUGUUCACAAUCAUUGUACUUUUCUAAAUCUAAUUAACUUGCUUAUGCUUUUGAAACAACAACAAUAAAAAAAAAAACAUUUGAACUCAAUCAAAUCAGCUUAAUUUUUUCCUGAC